AUGCGUAGGGAUGAAAGUUUCUGCACUUGGCAAGAACGUUAUACGGUUCUUAAAAAAUUAGUAACAAUUGUACAAAGGACCGAGUUUACCAACGAUUAUGCCGCUUUACGGAAAGGCAAUCCAAUCAACAAAUCAAGUAAAUUGUUUAAAUUGAAUCCGAAGCUUGAUUCCGACGGAAUUAUGCGUCUAAAUGGACGACUGCAAAAUGCGAAUAUUCCUUCAGAUGAACGAUGUCCAAUGAUAUUACCCAAAUGUCAUGAUUUUACUACGUUGAUUAUUAAUCACGCUCAUAGUCGAACAUUACAUGGCGGAACUCAAACAACAUUAGCAUAUGUGCGACGGCAAUUUUGGGUUAUUAAAGGAAGAUCCGCUGUGAAGAGAGUGAUUAACAAAUGCAUUACAUGUUUUCGUCAAGCCUGUCGACCGCAAGCACAACUUAUGGGUAACUUACCUCCAGCACGGUGUAAUAUAUCACAGCCAUUCAUGCACACGGGCGUGGAUUAUGCUGGUCCAUUUAAUGUGAGAGCGACAAGAGGGAGAGGCCAACGUACUUACAAGGGGUAUGUGGCUCUAUUUAUAUGUUUUAUUACACGAGCUAUUCAUUUGGAACUUGUGAGUGAUAUGACAUCUGAAACAUUUCUAGCAGCGUUAAAGCGAUUUGUAUCAGUCCGUGGCAUAUGCUCAGAUAUGUACAGCGAUCGUGGUACAUCCUUUGUCGGUGCUGAUGCUUUAAUGAAAGAUGAAAUUAAAUUAUUUAAAAAACAAAUUGAAGCUGGGUCUGUGUUUGCAUCAACCGUUGGCAUAAAUUGGCACUUUAUACCACCCGCAGCGCCUCAUUUUGGUGGCCUAUGGGAGGCAGGAAUUUAA